CGAAAGGUCCCGGCUGCAGCACGGGCGUUGUUUCCUCCCUUUUUCCCCCCUUUUGGAAGUCGGGAGCCUGGGAGGCAGGCAGCCCCGCGCAAAACCGCCGCCAGGGGAAGAAGAAGAAGGAGAAGAAGUGGAGGGCUCCCUUCCCCGGCCUCUCCCCGCCCCUUCCCCUUUUUUUCCUGGGUUGACCCCAAGCGCAGGGCCAGCGAGGAGGGAAGGCAGGCUUGGUUGGAAGGGGCUCCCGAAGGGUGGGGCCGGCGGUCUCUCGCCUUCUCCCUUCGCCCUGCCCCGUGGAGGCCGAAAGGGUUAACAGGCAGCUGACAACACAUCGGGCCCGCUGGCUUGCCAUAAACAUCUGGGGGGGAAGAGCCCUGGCUGUGGGCAGACUCUCUGAAUGGCUCCAGACGGAAGGAAAGAGCGCGGAGAAGUUUAGGUCUUUUUCAAAAGUCCCAUUAGCUAUUUUCAUACUGAGACAGAUUUGGAAAAUGAGGACAACUCUAUUGAGCAACAAAGCAGAUCAGACUGCAGAAAAUUAUGGAAAUACCAAUGAGAUUUGCUGGAAGUAAGUGAACCCCAAGGAGCUGUGGCAAAACAGUGAACCCCAAGGAGCCAAGGCAAAACAAAACAAAAAAACUCCCACACGCUGUGGCAUAUUAUAUAGAAACAAAAAACAAAAAGUGAAGUAAAACUCUUCUAAAGAAGCAAACUAGAUGGAGGAUGGGGCAAUGUUAUUAUUUCGUUGAACGAGGUGCAAUACGGAACUCUGGUAUCAUAUAUUGCGCUGACAGGAAAUGAGUAGAAAAGCUGAAGUGAACUUCAGAGACAACUGACAUCUUCUGUUGAAGCCAUCCCAGGUUUCAUUGCAACAAAGGUGAGAUUGACGUCUAGAAGAUGCCUGUUCCGCCUCCUCCAGCUCCGCCCCCUCCACCAACAUUUUCGCAGGCAAACGUAGAGAAGCCUAGUUUGAAUAAAUCAGAGCAGGCAGGACGAAAUGCUUUAUUGUCGGAUAUUUCCAAAGGGAAAAGGCUGAAAAAGGCUGUUACCAAUGAUAGGAGUGCCCCAGUUCUUGAUAAACCAAAAGGGCCAAGUGGUGGCGGAGGUGGCAGCUCUGGUUUCUCCAGUGGUAGCUGUGGCAGCAGUAACAGCGGUAACAGUUAUGGUGGCGGUGGACCUCCUGGCUUAGGAGGAUUGUUCCAAGCAGGGAUGCCAAAACUUAGAUCUACAAACAGAGAUAAUGAUUCUGCAGGAAACAAAGCUCCAGUGUUUCCACCAGGAGGGCGAGCAACAUCCGCAAAGCCUUUUUCACCUCCAAGUGGAGUAGGCAGAUUUCCGGGUCCUUCUGGACUAAGAGCUCCAGUUCCAGAGCCACAGAGAAACCGAAUGCCUCCCUCAAGACCUGACUUUGGCUCCCGGCCUGACACGGGUGCUCCUCCUGUGCCAAAUACUCCAAGACCUAUUCCAUCUAGUCUGUACAACAGGGGACCACCCCCUGUGCCUGGGGCCAGCAGACAAGCGAGUUUAGGGCUUACCCCUCCACCUUUCCCAGGUAAUAGAAAUUUAGGGCCUGGAGGAUCCAUUCGACAAUCAUCACCAGUUAGUCCUCCUUCUCCCUUCUCAAACAGGCCUCCUCUCCCUCCAGUACCAGGUAGGCCAACAGAAGAUAAGACACCUCCACCAUUACCUCCAAGUGGAAACAGGCCAUCUUUUGGCAGGGAGGCUUCCCUACCACCUCCCCCGCCCCAAAACCACAAACCACCAAUUCCUUCCACACCACGGCCACCUGCAGGAUCUCAGGUACCUCCUCCUCUUCCCCCAAGUCGGCCAGGCCCACCUCCAGUUCCACCGGCAUCUGGCGGAAAUGAUGAAAUGCCACGGCUUCCUCAAAGGAACCUAUCGCUAGGCUCUUCUCAACCUCCAUGUCUGCCUGGCUCCAAUCGUCCUGGACCUCCGCUUCCCCCCCCAGUUGAGAGACCACCGCCUCCUGUAAGGGACCCGCCUAGCAGAUCAGGAUCUCUCCCCCCACCCCCACCUCUGCUAACCAGAAACGGAAGUACUUCCAGGGCACUGCCAGCUACUCCCCAGCUUCCCUCAAGAGGAGGAUUUGAAAAACCCAGAGGUGGGGCUGUGCCCCCACCUCCUCCUGACAGGCCAGGUUCUGGAGCACCCCCACCCCCUCCUCCAUCACUCCCGUCAUCUGUCCUCCGAAAUGGCUUCCAGGAUUCAUCCUGUGAUGAUGAAUGGGAAAGCAGAUUUUCCUUCCAUCCUCUGUCUGACUUGCCACCUCCAGAACCAUAUGUGCCCAUGAACAAGAGUUAUCCUAGUAAAUUGGUAAAAAAUGACAAUAGAAGUGGAUCCAGUCGCAGAGAAAGAGGUGCUCCACCACUUCCACCCAUCCCACGGUGAAGUGGGCUUCUAAUCCUUUUCAGGAUGACUGUUAUCCUUACAUGUUCUUUGAACCUCUCCACAUGUCACAAUGCUCCUUCUCCAACAGCACUUUUGAGCACAACUCCCUACCUUUAGGUUUUUUUAAUUUUUUUAAUUUUUCCAUUUAAUUUGGUGAAGCUGAAGGACUUGCUUUAAAUGGCCUGCCUACGUUGGUUUAGAUACAGGGUGACUGAGAUCUUAUUCCCAUUUCUUGGCAUUUAGUUCUACUGAUAUUAGUGGAACUUGCUUCCAAUAAAAUGCCAGAGUAUCCUUACCUUGAAAACUAUCUUCAAAACUUCUUGGAAACUAUCAUUUGUUGCAGUUCUGCUCAGCCUUGUCAUCAACAAGGAGAGGAAAGCUGCCUUGGUUUAUAGCAUAACAUUCUUAGAUGUAAUUCUUGGAGAUGAAAAUCUUCCCUAUUUCUAUGGGUGGAAGUUUGGUUCACUUUUUAAACUGUAAUCUCUGUGAGAUUACUGAUCAAUUUGACCUGGCCCAUUUGGCCAUUAAAAAAAAACGUGUGGCACAGUAAUUGCUACACUCCACCUUUAGAAGGAGAUUGGGAUAAUUACGUGACAUUUUCUCAGGCAAUCUGUUUGAUCUGUAAUGAAUUGGAGUCUUUCAGAGACCAAAAGAAUGUUGCCAUCGAGAUUGCUUAUAACUUCCGUUACAGCUUUCACAAACGCAUCUCAGGCUAGCUGUUGGGCUCAAUUGGAUUGAAGUGGAGAAUUAAAAAAAGAAAAAUACUGGGCACUCAGUCAUUAGGUUGGGAUGAUUGAGUGUCAUUGUCAUCUUGAGGAUUACACCAUCACUUCACUAAUGGUUAUACUAUUAGAGCUCCCUUCUAAGAUGUAUCGUAACCCAAAGCUUUCCAAUAAUAUGUAAUGUUUACUAUAAAAGCCUGUAUUUUGAUCCGCGAAAGACAGAUACUCAACAAUUAUUUAGUGUAUCCAAGUAUCAGAGAAUGCCACUAUGAUUUCUGUAAUUUUUUUUCUAAUAUCUAUAUGUGCUGGACCUCCAUUUUUAUUAUGGUACAAGUUGAUACUUUUGAGUAUGGGAAUUUUUUACUUGGCUUAUAUGUGCUUCAAACAGCUUUUCUUUUCUUUUGCGUGGCAGCUAUUAAUCAAAUAUCCAGCUAUAUGUAGGAAAUGUCUAACUAUGGAAGAAAUUCAAUUGAGCUUUUUACAAGCUCUCAUUAAGUUUUCAACCUGGGCUCAGAAGAGUUUAUUAUUUACGUUCUGAUUUUGCUGCGAUGAUCAUUCCUUUCACAGGAUUUUCCUUACCUGAAAAGGUGCAAGAGAAGACUUCGUUAUAGAGGGUUGGGACCACAUGGUUUUGGAAUCCUGCCUGUCAAUAAAUGGAUUUGGCAAUUUGCAAUGUUUAUUUUAUCUAGCUGAUAUCAAUUUAUGGCAAGAAUCCUUGCAAAAUUAUGAUUCUGUACUGAAAUUCAUGUGAUAAGCUGCCCAGAAUGGUUUGAUGGUGAGAUGGACAUCAUAUAAAUUUAAUAAAUAAGUACCGGUAAUAAUAAAAUAAAACAAAUACAGUUUCUACUUAGGGGAGAUAAGUUAUGAAGAUUUAAUUUCAAGGAUCUCGGUUUUAUCUGCCUAAAACUUUGCAAGGUAGAGGCAGGAGAGUGAUUUUUCAAAUGAUGUUAGCAGCGUCUAUAAAGGAGGUUUUUAAAAAAUCAAGAUGGCAGAUGCUGAGCGACGAUGUCAUGAGAUGGGAAGAAGCAGAAAUAUUGAUGAAUCAAUGUGUUUAAUUUAAUGUAAAGCACAACAGAAUUGUGGAAAGGUGAAGUAAGAUCUCUUUAGUCACAUACAUGAAAAGUAAACACACAUAUUUGAGGAAAAAGUCUGAGGAUACACUUGAAAGUGUUCACAAUGGUAUUUGUAUUAGUGGCCUUAUCAUCAAAGAUACACCUUUGUGUAGUUCCUGUUUACGGUAAGGAUAGAACUAAAGAGAGCAGAGAAUAUAACAUUGCAUUUUCUGUGAGUGAGUGAAUGUUGUUUUUAAGUUUACUUUUUGGGAUUUUUUUUUUAGUGUUGAGGUUCAUUCUUUGAACCCCACUUCUGUGAUGGAAUUGGUAUGUAAUGAAUACCUUUCAGGAUCCAAAACCUUUACCCACACAAAUUUUGCUAUAAAAUGAGAGAUUUACAUAAACUAUAAUCAGAAAUAGGUUUCAGCACUUUUCAGGGUCAUAUAUGGUCUAGAAUUAUAUUUUUCAAUGGACUGUUGCCCUAUUUGUAUAUACUUAAUUCUGACAUUCAUACGGAUGAAUCAUUCCAGUUUCAGUCUGAUUGCCAUUGUACAGUACGCGUGUGUGGAUUAAAAACAUGAUGAACAAAAAAUAAUUGAAUUAUUAUUUACAUUUUGUUGCAGAAACUGGAAUAUUUGUUUUUUGUAUUACCCAGAUUUUUUUUAUAUGCUGCAAAGUCUCUGCAUCUUGUAUGUGUAGUUUGAUCAUCAAUUUAUUUUUUGUUAGCAUAUAAAGGGAAUGUGGCAGAAAGAAAUUCCAAAUUCAUUGCAGUUGCAGUAGUUAAUAUAAUAGAACCCUUUGAGCUAGAAAAGUUGGACAAACCGAUUUAUCAAUGAAAGGGCCUGUCAUACUUGUACUCUUAUGCUAGUAGAUUAGCCAUUAUAAAUAAAGUAAUAGAGCACUGCUCUUCUGCCAGUAAAUCAGGAUCAGUUUUCUUUAACGUGCUUUCUGGCUCCAGUGAGCUGUCAAUUCCAAAUCUCAUAUCAUUCAACCAUCUUGACCAUGGCUGAUUAGAAGUAAUUGGACUUAUAGUCCCAACACAUCCAGCAAGAACCAGUUUAGGAAGAAACUACUCAAGAUAUGUGAAGAAGUAUAGUCAGCCAGGAAUAGAAAGAGCAGGCAAAUAAUAAAAAUACCUGUACUCCGCUUAAUUAUUUUUCCUUACUGUGCUUAGUUAUAAGCACAUACCAGAUAAUAUUGCUUACUAUAACUACAGUUAUUACUACUAAAUAGCUGCCAUCUUUGUGGCAUUUAGAAAAUUAGUUUUUUUUAACCAUUAAUCAGUCAAAGAAUUAACUUGGCAAAUUUACUUCUAGUGCAAUAAAAUCUAAAAUUCCAACCAAAGCCUUAACAUGCAGAUGUGGCCUUCAGAGAGAAACAUGGUCUUCUCUCUUUCUCAGAGGAUAAUUUGUUAGCACUUUAUCUUCUAUAGGAAUCUUCCUCAAAGAAUUUAUGCUAAAUACUGUAAGAAAAUGUUUCAAAGGAGAAGAGAUUUGUUUUGGUUGUGUAAACCACCUCUUUUUCUUUCACCAGAUAUAUUUUAAAAACAACAUGUUUAACACAUUUUAGUAUAGAUGUUUUAGAGUACAUAUUUAUUUAUGCACGAUAAGUAAACGGGGGAAAAAAUAAAAUCAGUUUUUCAUCCUUGGUGCCUUAAAACAGCUUGGUGCCUUGAGUCUAAAUGGCAGCUUUGAAAAGAAACAAGAUCUAAAACUGAUUGUCUCCACUGUGAAUUUCAAAUACAACAUUUAUACUUUAUCAUGUGUGAUAUUCAAGCAACAUACAACCCACAGUAUUCACUAUAUAGCAUCUUACCUUACUGUACAGAAAUACAAUAUAAUGAAUUGCAAAAGACUUACCAGACUGCAAUUUUAAGAUCUUUAUUCUAGCAGUAUCUUGGAUGGAUGAAUUCAUGGAAAUUUGAGAUGGAUGUGUUUAAAAUUUGAAAAAAGCAAAGUUUAAAUCCUGUUCAUAUGAAUGAAUCAAAUCAUUUGUGAAAUAACAGGAUAUGCAUUUUAAAUAUAUGAUCCAUACCCUCCUUUUUAUAAAAUUGCACAUAAAUCAUGGAAUAGAACAUGCCUAUAUUGUAAAUAAGGUGGUUUCUAUUUGACUUUAGGUUAUUAACAUGCUUAUCUUAAAGUACAUGAGAAACUAAAUGGCAAGUGAAUUUCUUGCAUGUACAAAGGAAUAAAAAUUAAAAUGAUUUAAAGGUU